AUGACAGCAGUUACACCCUCCAGGUCUGGCGUGUCGCCCUCCAGCUCGCCUCGGCUACCCUCACCCCCUCCCAUUCCAGAAGUGCAAUUUGGCCCGAAAAGCCCUGGUGUCGACCUGUCGAAAGAACUCUCGCUCGAUGCGACCUCAAAGCCAGACGAAGGAGCCGCGAGGAGGAUAAGACCGGGAACAAAAGCUGCAGAUAUGGCCAUGGGCCCUCCCCUUGUGCCGUUGAGUCAGCUUGACUCGCCAUUCCAGCUCCAGGAACACCUCAAAUCGCUCUACUCGCACCUCAGCCAUACGCCGGACGGGACCCAUACCGUCCCCAUCACAAAAGAGACCGCUCUACAACUCGCUACGCCUCCACAAACAAACGACAACGAGUCAGUCGACAGAAAUCUCUGGCUCUACGAGCUAUGUAGAUUUCUAACCCAGAAAGCGAAUGUUGUCUCUAUUUUCCUCAUGAACGACAACCCGCCGUGUUCAGCCACGACCUGCCCGGAGAUGAGAGCUAGUGAAUGGCAAUACCUCUGCGCCGUGCAUGAGCCGCCAAAAUCAUGCUGUGCCAUUGACUACUGCAACCAUACUCUGGAUUGGGCGGCGAAUGUCCUCACGAGCCCGAAACACUUUCCGUCACGGCUGGCAUUGGGCGGAGAGGGAGGCAACGUCAUUCAAAGCAUGCGACAGCUGACCAACAUAUUCCGGCGUGUCUACCGGAUCUUUGCACAUGCUUGGUUUCAGCAUCGCGAUGUUUUCUGGUCUGUCGAAGCAACUUAUGGUUUGUACAUGUUGUUCAAAGUCGUCUGUGACCAGUACCAUCUUAUCCCGGAGGACAGCUACACGAUCCCACCUGAAGCUGAAGGUGCUCGCGAAGCCGUCGAUGAAAAAGAUGCCGGGGUACGGCCUUUCAUACUACGAAAGGAUGGCGCACCGAGUUCCACAUCAGAGGAGCCAUCCAGCGACUCCACGUCGUCAGAGCCUGCUGCGUCAGUGCCAUCGGCGACGACGGUCAGUACCGGUGCAACGACACGUAGGCACAAACAUACUCCUAGUACAGGAAGCCACGUGGCCACCAUCGCCGAAGGGGCAGAGGAAGAAGAAGAGCAGCCAACGAGUACCAUCUCGACAAAACCCAAUAGUGUGCCCGGCGUGCUAGGACUGGUUGAGGUUCCCGAGUCCCUGAAGAUAUCAUUAGAGGAGAAGAGGGGAAUGUCACCGCAGCCGAGGAAAUCGAGUGAUGAUUCCUCGCAGGAUCGUGUACUACCCAAACUGGAUAUCGCCUCUUCGGUGCCCAAAUACGAGCCUCGCGCGCCAGAAGAUCCUACACCUACGGGCACUAUGGAAGACAUCGAUCCGCUUUCCACCCACAAAGGGGCAAAACGACAGUCGGUGGAGGGGGGUAACGAGGAAGCUAGCACGAUGUUAAAGGAUGAAACAGCAACGAAAACACAGCCCGAGACUCCUGUUGAGCAGGUAACCAAACCCUUUGAUGAUGACCAAGCAGGUCAGAAAGUCACAUCUCCUUCAGGCGGCUCGAUACGAACGGCCGGCAAUGAUGUCCUUGCGGCAAUAAUGGGGCACAUGAAUGAUUCUGAUGAGGAGAAUUAUCCGCCCAGAGGAGCGCAGACUAAGGGUACUGAGAAACGGAAUGAUGCUCAUGUGAUGACUGAGGUUAGAGAAGAAGAGCACGAGGAGGCUGACGAGGAUGUGGAAGAGAAUGAGAGUUUCAGUCCCGUUGAGGCAACACCGCCUCCGGGUGUAGAUACCGUUGAGAAGAACGAUGGUGCCCAGAAAGAGCAAGGUGAGGAGCAGGAACGGGAGCAGGAACAGGAGCAGGAGGGCGAGAACACCCAAGCCGACCGUCACAGACUGGGACGCGAUGAGAUUUUUGUCUCUGUGGAGGAGGGGACCGAGGAUGACCAGCCCUCGAGCAAUACUGGCGAUGAUGAGGUAGAGCGGAAGGGGACUGAGGGUGCCGCUGAGUAG